AUGAAUAACUUUUUCCAAGCACGAUCAACCACCAAUCGCAGUGCCAAAGACCAAGUCUUGGAAGAAUCCAAACCAUGGGUCGAGAAAUAUCGACCAAAGUCAAUGAACGACAUUUCUUCGCAGGAACAAGUGGUGCGCGUGUUGCAAAAGGCAUUGACUUCAGAGAACCUUCCUCAUUUGCUCUUUUAUGGACCUCCCGGCACUGGUAAAACAUCCACUGUUUUGGCACUUGCACGUGAACUCUUUGGUCCAUCUCUAUUCGCUUCACGUGUAUUGGAAUUAAAUGCAUCAGAUGAACGUGGUAUUCAAGUUAUCCGAGAAAAGGUCAAGACAUUUUCACGUAUCACUGUUACCAAGACCGUUGCUGGUUAUCCUUGCCCUCCCUAUAAGCUCGUUAUCUUGGAUGAAGCCGAUUCAAUGACCAAGGAUGCUCAAUCAGCCCUGAGACGUACUAUGGAAACCUACUCAAAAACCACCCGCUUCUGUAUCAUUUGCAACUAUGUUAGCAGAAUCAUUGAACCCAUCACAUCUCGUUGCGCAAAGUUCCGAUUCAAAUCAUUACCCGUGGACGACGUGAAUAAGCGCUUGACAGAAAUCUGCACAAAGGAAGGCGUUGAUUUGGCUCGGGGUACUAUGGAUGUGUUGAUCAAGGUCUCCAAUGGCGAUUUACGUAGAGCAAUCACUUAUUUGCAAUCAGCAUCUUCCUUGCAUCAAGGGGAAACCAUCAAACCAAAUACCAUGAGCGAGUUGGCAGGAAUUGUACCGGAUGACGAUCUUGCCAAAUUAUUGCAAUCUUGUGAAACGAAUAACGACAAUGAAAUCCAGGAUGCGGCAUUAAAUGUCAUCAACCAAGGCUAUGCAGCAGAUAUUGUGGUUUAUCAGUUGCACGAGGAGAUUAUGAAGUCUGAAACGAUCAACACUGCCCAAAAAACCGAGAUCUCAGAUUUACUGGGAACUGCUGAUAUCCGCCUUGUCCAAGGAGCCGAUGAACAUCUUCAAUUAUUGCGUCUUAUGACUGGCAUAGCUUCUAUCUUGGCCAAAUAA